CGACUUUUUGGUGAGCUUAGCAGCCUCCUCCCCACCGCCUUUGCUUCCUCAAUGGAUGCUGCUGCCUCCCAAAACUCCCUUCAUCCAUGUAAAGUCUUAGAAACCAAAAAAGGAAAAAUCAUUCCUUUCCUUCUUCCUUUCUUUUUCAUAUAAAUUUGUAAGUACAACUUUGAAUUUUGUGUUUUCAGCAUGGAAACCCCAGAACCAGAUCGAAAAGAAGAUGCAUCCUUUCCAUCUUCUUCUUCUUCUCCGCCGUCGAGCUCACGGGUGGAAGAAGAAGAAGAAGAAGAAGAAGGAGAAGAAGAAGAAGAAGAAGAAGAAGAAGGAGAAGAGGAAGAAGAAAGAGACAGACGUUCAAAUGGGGACGAUUUUGCUGAGCAGCAGCGGAUGAGAAGUUCUAGGACUUUUACUUACCAUGUGAACUUGUUGGUGUCCGAUGUAAGAGCGUCUGAAUUGAAGGAUGAUAUUUGGUCGGCCUUUGCUGUGCUUAUCACCUUUUGGUUCUUUGCAUCUAUGACUCUGAUUCUUGGUUUCUAUGGAUCCGGCAAUCUACCACUAGGCCCGAACUGCUCGCGCUUGAUACAAACUAAUCCAUUUUUUGUGCAAUCCAUUAAGGCACAGAAGCUUGAUGAGCAAAAACCUGCGCCAGUGUUAUAUGGAUUCCACAAACCUCCUCCCCUGGAUGUUGAAACAGCAUGGACCGAAACGAAGGAUACACUUGUUCCAGCCAAUUAUCACAAGGCAUGGAUUUACUUUCUAAACAAAGGGUCUAGCAUCGAUAUUAUUUACAGUGUAAUGCCUACAAGUUCCUCGCCUUUAACCCUUGUAAUCGCACAAGGUAGUGAGAGCCUGGCUGAAUGGAUAGAGGAUCCGUCAUAUGGUAACGCAACAUUGUCUUGGAAUAUAAUUUAUGGAAGUGGUAGGAUCCAGCAGGAAAUUCCAAAGUCUUCUACUUACUAUAUCGCAGUAGGGAACUUGAACCCAGAGAAUGUUGAGGUAGAGUUGGUAUUCAACAUAAAAUCUAUUCUUUAUAACACAACCAAGGCGUAUUACAAAUGCUCUUUGUAUAACCGGUUAUGCAGCUUAAAGCUUUCCCUCUUUCGGGCAAAUGUUGCUGUCAUAACUUCUCCAGGCCCGGAAGAGGGUGUCCCUGACAAUGACUGGUAUGUAAACCUGUCUUAUGGACCGAGAUGGGCCAUGUAUUUUCUUGUAGCAGGCGUUAUGACUUUGCUCCUCUUAACGGCCUUUAAAAUUUAUUACAAAUUCCAAAAUUUUGGUGAAGACACAACCGAAUUUCAGGCAGAGGAGGGAGAAUCCGAGCAAACCCCAUUGCUUCCACCCAAAGACGAUGAAGUUUUGAGUUGGGGUUCGUCAUAUGAAUCUGUUUCCAAUACCGAGGAAGAUUUGGAUGAGUGCCUUGCAGCGAGUUCCCUUGAAGGAGGGUUAACAAGUGAAGGAGAUAGCAACAAUACUCGGCGUCUUUGUGUCAUUUGCUUUGAUGGUCCAAGGGAUUGCUUCUUUCUUCCCUGUGGGCACUGCACUGCCUGUUUUACUUGCGGAACAAGGAUUGCCGAGGAGGCUGGUACGUGCCCCAUAUGCCGUAGAAGGAUGAAGAAAGUGAGGAAGAUUUUUACAGUUUGAGCUUGUGUAUAUAUGUGAACCAAGUUUGCAGGGAGGAGCUCCCUUGUACCAUAGUUUUUAUGGUUCUCUGUGGAUUUUUUUUCACUUACAGAUGAGCUUGUGGUUUCAAUUGUACUAGAAGGCCUUUCUUUUUCGGUAGAAUUCUGGUUUUUGGCAUGAAUCUUUUGAGGAGGUUUGCAAAUGAUUUGGGUUUGUAAUGCUUGAAAGUUUAAGGUAAGAAAUAAUUUAGGGGGUUAUUUAUCCGACA